CUCAGCACUCUCUAUUAUGUCCAUUUCUCGUCCACUGCCCCCUCGACGUACGCAAUCAAGGCUAUAUUUCUAGCGGCGGACCCCCAGGACAUCCUGAGGUGUCUAGCUGCGCUCCCAGGCUUUAAAGGUGCACUCCUCAACCUUCUCCCCGCUGCAUCUGCUGCGGUCGUACUUCAACAACCCCCGCCCAGGCGCCAAAACAGUUUAUAAAACAGUUGGUUUCACGGGGGCGUCGUACACUGUGUUAUCUCUAUCAACACCCAUCAGAGUCGAUUCGCGAUCCUCAUCCUCUAUGGCGACCUCGGAGAACGGCGGCGAAGAACUGCAACACCGCACACAACAGAGCCCUUUAGCAUCUCAGAGGGCGAAGGAACAGGGACAGGCGUCUGGAAGAUUUGCGCAGUGGUUCCCGCUCGGUGCGAAGGAGGGCUUCAGUCAAUGGUGGGCAGGCACAUCCCCAGCCGCCACCGAACACCGCGUCCUCUCCUUCAUCCCGCAUCUCCAGAAGCCUCCCACUCACCACCAGACGGGCUCUGCGCCUGUUUCUGCCGCUCAAUUGUCAGUCGAUCUCCCGUCUCAGCCGCAUCACGACGAGGAACAUGUCACGACAACGAGCAUCAAUGACCCCCAUGGACCGCGCCGGUGGAACUCGGAAAUGGUGGAGCUCAGCGGGAACGGCCGCGCCCUAAACGAAUUCUCGGUGGAGCGGGUCGGCGAAGACGUGGAGAACAAUCUCGUCAUGCUCCAUGGGUAUGGCGCAGGCUUGGGGUUCUUCUAUCGAAACUUUGAAGCCUUGUCUCGCGCAACCGGGUGGAAGAUCUUCGCUCUGGACCUCCUGGGUAUGGGCAGGAGUAGCCGACCAACAUUCAAGAUCCAUGCCAAGGACAAGGAGGGCAAGAUCACCGAAGCGGAGAAUUGGUUCAUCGACGCGCUCGAAGAAUGGCGCAUCAAGCGUGGCCUGGACCGCUUCACGCUUCUCGGCCACAGUCUCGGUGGAUACCUCGCUGUGGCAUACGCUCUCAAGUAUCCCGGUCAUCUCAACAAACUAAUACUCGCAUCACCGGUCGGAAUCCCCGAAGACCCAUAUGCUGUCAACGAGGAGCUUCCAGAGCCACAAGACUCGACCAUGGCAAAUGAAUUCACACAAGACGCUGCGGAGACCAGUAAUGGUAUCAAGCCAGCAACGGCUGACAACAACAACUUCCUCAAUCAGCGAAAGAAGGGCGAGCAGGCGCCGAAGAAUGAGCCACCGCGACGGAGAAUACCCGGGUGGAUAUCGUUUCUCUGGGAGGCCAAUAUGAUCUCACCAUUCUCUCUAGUCCGAUGGAGCGGUCCCCUUGGGCCUCGUCUUGUUUCCGGCUGGACUUCGCGCCGCUUCUCGCAUCUUCCCCAGGAAGAGGCCCAGGCAUUGCACGAUUACAGCUACUCGCUGUUCCGCCAGCGAGGAAGCUCGGAAUAUGCACUAUCAUACAUUCUCGCACCCGGCGCAUUUGCGCGUAGCCCCCUAAUCCAACGGAUCCAAGGCGUAGGCAGGCAAUGGAUUCAGGCGCACGACGGUCCGACGGUCGACGGCGACACCCCUCCAAAGAAAUGCCAUAAAACGAGGUCAAAAUCACCUGCCCCUUCAAUUGUGUCAACGGUCCAGUCUUUCCACUCCUCUGCAUCUCGCCAAGGCGAGAGAGAAAACGGCAUUCCAAUCAUUUUCAUGUACGGUGAGAACGAUUGGAUGGAUGUUGCGGGUGGAUUCGCGUCCGAGGAGAAAAUCAACCAGGAGAAGGCCAGGAUUUUAGCGAACGCAACACCCGAGGAGAGGAAGAAAGACCAAGGCGAAGCUAAGGUUAUCAUAAUCCACAAAGCGGGACACCACGUGUAUCUGGAUGGAUGGGAUCAGUUCAACAGAGUCAUGCUCGAGGAGAUGGCAGAUGUGAAACGCAGGGAGGGGGUGCGGUGACGCUUGACAGAUAGAUAGUGAAUGAUUCGGAGUUUUGGGAUGCAGGAUAGAUAUCAUGGGGAAUGAUUGGUUGUAUUUGGGUACAGUAGAAACAGCCCGGCUUUUGUAUAAACAUAUAUUUCAACCCGCGUACGGAUCCGUACUGUAUCU